GGACCGAAACAAACAGGCAGACAAGCGAGGUGAGAGGUUAGCAGUCUAACCUAGUCCUUCCUCCAAGCUAGCUUACAACAGAGAUCUGGGAUAGGAAAGGUCCCAUUUAGGCUCUCAAACCCCAGGACGCCGAAAGGGAUGGCUUGUCUUGUUCCUUUUAAAUUUGCUCAGCGGGAAUUCGGCAAAAAGACAGGAAGAGGAGAUGGGGUUCCACAGCGAGUGCAGUUUUAAUUCUUAAGAACUGGUGGUGGUUUAGAGCUUUAUAUCCGGGAGGAGCCUGUGUCACCACACUGCUCUCCAGGAGGACCAGGCGCCUGCUCUGCCUAUCGCUCCCCACCCUCGGCUGCACCGCCACUUCAAUGCUCCGCAGAUCGCCGGCUGCUGCUCUUUCGAAGGCGCCGGAGGACCAGGGGCGACCCGUGCCACCGCUGAUUCGGCCGGGUGCCGACGCCUGAACCACGCGCUCUUGGGCACCUACGCCGGUGCGCUGGGCCAGUCUGCGUGCGCUUCAGCCAGCUUUGGGCCCGCACGGGACAGUCCCGGCCAGGAUGGCCCCCGGCCAGGCGGUGGCCGGGAUCUUGCUGCUGGCGGCGGCGGGCCUCGGAGGGGCUACGGCGGGGCCCGGGCUUGCCUUCAGCGAAGACGUGCUGAGCGUGUUCGGCGCGAAUCGGAGCCUUUCGGCGGCGCAGCUCGGGCACCUGCUUCAGCUGCUGGGAGCCGCCUCCACGGAGGGCGCCCCGCAGCUCGCGCAGCUGCACUUCAACCAGUGUUUGUCAGCUGAAGAGAUCUUUUCCCUUCAUGGCUUUUCAAAUGCUACCCAGAUAACCAGCUCGAACUUCUCGGUCAUCUGCCCCGCAGUCCUGCAGCAACUGAACUUUCACCCUUGUGGUGAGCGGCCCAAGCACAAAACCAAACCAAGUCUUUCUGAAGUUUGGGGAUAUGGAUUCCUGUCAGUGACAGUUAUUAAUCUGGCAUCUCUCCUCGGAUUGAUUUUGACUCCGUUGAUAAAGAAAUCUUAUUUCCCCAAGAUUUUGACCUAUUUUGUGGGGCUGGCUAUUGGGACUCUAUUUUCAAAUGCAGUCUUCCAACUCAUUCCAGAGGCAUUUGGAUUUAAUCCCAAAGUUGACAACUAUGUUGAGAAGGCAGUUGCUGUUUUUGGUGGCUUUUACCUACUUUUCUUUUUUGAAAGAAUACUUAAGAUGUUAUUAAAGACAUAUGGUGAGAAUGAUCAUACCCACUUUAGUAAUGAGGACUUUGGUCCUUCUCAAGAAAAAACUCAUCAACCUAAAACAUUGCCCGCCAUCAACGGUGUGACAUGCUAUGCAAAUCCAGCUGUCACAGAACCUAAUGGACACAUCCAUUUUGACAGUGUCAGUGUGGUGUCUCUGCAGCAUGAAAAAAAGGAGUCAAGCUCCUGUACUUGUCUGAAGGGGCCCAAGCUGUCAGAAAUAGGGACAAUUGCCUGGAUGAUAACGCUCAGCGACGCCCUCCACAAUUUCAUCGAUGGCCUGGCAAUCGGGGCUUCCUGCACCUUGUCCCUUCUCCAGGGACUCAGCACUUCCAUAGCAAUCCUGUGUGAAGAGUUUCCGCACGAGCUGGGGGACUUCGUGAUCCUACUCAAUGCAGGAAUGAGCACUCGGCAAGCCUUGUUAUUCAAUUUCCUGUCUGCAUGUUCCUGCUAUGUUGGGCUAGCUUUUGGCAUUUUGGUGGGCAACAAUUUUGCUCCAAAUAUUAUAUUUGCACUUGCUGGAGGCAUGUUCCUCUAUAUUUCUCUGGCGGAUAUGUUUCCAGAGAUGAACGACAUGCUGAGAGAAAAGGUAACUGGAAGAAAAACCGAUUUCACCUUCUUCAUGAUUCAGAAUGCUGGCAUGUUAACUGGAUUCACGGCCAUUCUGCUCAUCACUUUGUAUGCAGGAGAAAUUGAAUUGAAUUAACAGGAAAUGGAAGGUAGUGUUGUUAGUGAAGGCAUUUAAUAAAUAAAAACGUCUCCGAAAGGAUUUUAAGCUGGUUCUGUUUAGGUAAAAGAUAAUUUUUUCAACUGUAAGCUGAGGAAACUUGUUAUUGCUUUCAGAUCUGUGAAAUAGGCCAAUAUUUGUUAUUAAAAAUGUUUCAAAAGCUUGUCAGUUCCAGUCUGAAAAGCCUUGCAUACAAGAUCUUUGGUAAAUACGCACUUUUUCAUGUAUUGUACAUAUUAGAAAAUCACCACAAAGCAAGAAGUAUGCAGUCUGUAAUCACUGAGACCUCAAAACCCAGAAAAAAAUACAAGCUAGGUUUCAUAAGCUUUCAAACCUCUAUGGUAGGAUCAUAAGUUCAAGUGGUUUCAGAGUGGUUUUCUUUUAAUUAAUUUGUUCCAGCUCUUUCAUGAGCAAGGACAUCAAGAUGCAGAAGAGAACCAAAAUGUAUCCAGCACAGAUACAAAUGAUUCCAAGGCCUUACUGAACCUAGGAAAGAAAGCUCUCAUAGCUUUUGUCAUUUUAUAUUUUAUUUAGGUGUUUAUAGGAUUGUUUUUGAAAACCAUUCAAUAUGAAUUAUGAAGUCAUUAAAGCUUUACUAUCCCUAGUAUGGCUAGACUUUAUUUGAUACUUUAAGUGUAAACUGUACAGAUUUCACAAAAGGCAGGACUUGUUCUGCAGGACGCCGGCUGUGGGCACACCAAGCAACCGGCAGGUCGGGAUGCACGCCCGUGACUGACAACUCAGUUUCUGCGUACCCUGUGUUUGUCUGGCGAAGGUGAACAUUCUGUUGGUUUGUAGAAAGAAUUUGAAUGUAAUUUUAGGUAAUCUUCUUUUAAAGGUGAACACAAUUGUUCAGCAAAGGAUAUUUUCAAUAAAGGCAAAACAAUAACUGGACUGCUGCAUGUCAAGGACCAGUUGCCUGGAAAAUAUGCAUUCCUUAGGGAAUUGAGAGUCAUUCAGAAAAGACUUCUUUGGUGUUCAGUCUGCAUUCUUCCUGUGUGGUAUACUUUGGGGGAAAAUCUACACACCAUGGUUAUUUUUCUACCUUUUAUAAAAGACAGAGCCUAUUUUCUCAUUUAACUGAUAUAGAAAGUUGGUCUGAGAUUGAACAUCCUAACCUCAAUUCACACUCCCAAGUCACUUAAGGGAAGAUGAUUUGACAGUGAAUAAAAUGACUUCUAAAAGCCAAUAGUGAUCUCAGGAAUUACAUUUUCCCACAGAGUUUAAAAUGGUGUCAUAUAGCCAUAAUGCAGAUCUGAUGGAUAUUUAACAUGUAUAUGAAUGUACAUUUCAUUUUAUGACUGACAAUUAAAAAAAUUAUUGUUUGACCAAAUAUACCUUUGAAACCA